AAAUUUCAUUUGACCUUCCAUUGGUUGUCUGCCAUGGAAACUGGCACAACUAGUUUUUGCAUCAAUCUUUGUUUGUUGCUAGCAUUAUGUUUUGCCACCAAAUGGCUGUGCCUCAAGAAAAGAAAAACACCUCCUCUUCCACCAGGUCUGAUGGGUUACCCCAUCGUCGGUUGCUUCCCUGAAAUGAUGAAAAAUAAGCCAACGUUCCGAUGGGUGCAGCAACUCAUGCAAGAAAUGAACACAGAAAUAGCAUGCAUCCGCCUUGGAAAUACCCAUGUUAUCUUUGUCACAUCUCCUCAACUUGCUCGAGAGCUGUUGAGGAAACAAGAUGUGAUUUUCGCCUCUAGGGCUGAUGUUUUAUCUGCCCGGCUAGCAAGUAAUGGCUACUUGACAGCAAUCUUCUCGCCAAACUGUGAUCAAUGGAAGAAAAUGAGAAGGGUUAUUGCCUCAGGAGUGCUUUCACCCACAAUGCACCAAUGGCUCCACAAUAAAAGAAGUAAAGAAGUUGAUCAUCUUGUGAAAUAUGUGUUUAAGCAAAGUCUCACAAAUGGACUUGUAAAUGUGAGAGUCGCCGCACAGCAUUACUGCGGGAAUAUGACUAGAAAAUUGAUUUUCAAUAAGAGGUUUUUUGGGACAGGAAUGGAGGAUGGAGACCCUGGAAUGGAAGAGGAAGACCAUUUGCACGGAGUCUUCACAAUCUUGAAAUAUGUGUAUGGGUUUGGAAUUGGGGAUUAUCUUCCAUGGUUGGAGGUUUUCGAUUUAGAUGGGCAUAAGAGGAUUAUCAAAGAUGCUCUAAAGAAAGUCAGAAAAUACCAAGAUCCGGAAAUUGAUCAGAGGGUUGAGAUGUGGCAACAAGGGAUGAAAAAAAUACAAGAGGAUAUCCUUGAUGUUUUCAUUAACCUCAAGGAUUCAAACAACAAUUCUUUGUUGUCGAUUGAAGAGAUAAAAGCAGAAAUUACUGAAUUCAUGCUGGCCACAAUUGAUAAUCCAUCAAAUGCAGUUGAAUGGGCUCUUGCAGAGAUGAUUAAUCAACCAGAUAUUCUUGACAGAGCAUGUAAAGAAUUGGACCAAGUUGUAGGCAAAGAUAGAUUAGUCGAUGAAUCCGAUUUGCCUAUGCUAAAUUAUGUCAAGGUUUGUGCAAAAGAGGCUUUCAGAUUGCACCCUGUAGCAGCUUUCAAUGUCCCACACGUAUCAAUAAAAGAUACCACUGUGGGUGGAUACUUCAUUCCUAAAGAUAGUCAUGUGUUGCUGAGUCGUCGAGGACUAGGGCGAAACUCUAGGGUUUGGAAAGACCCUCUCAUUUACAAGCCUGAACGCCACAUUAUCAAUAAAGACUCAAAAGUGUUGCUUGUGGAUCAUGAGUUGCGCAUGUUAUCGUUUAGUACAGGAAGGAGAGGAUGUCCGGGCAUCGUGCUUGGUUCUACCAUGACGAUCAUGCUUUUGGCUAGGCUUAUUCAAGGGUUUAGUUGGACUGCACCACCAAAUGGUCCAAGCAAUAUUGACUUGGUUGAGUCCGAUGGAGGUUUGCUAAUGGCCAAGCCAUUAGUUGCUCAUGCAGUGGCCCGGUUGGAACCAAAUGUUUAUCUAAAACUCAUGCAGUAAUAAUAUCAUGUGCGUCUGUUAAAUGCACAUCUUUUGAUAAACUAUAAGCAAAUUGGCCAUUACAUUUAUGUUUAGUAUGCGUGGCGUCUUUAUUCAUGUUAUGAAAGGUUUUUCGAAAG